AUGGGCGCCGGGCAGCGCAACUGCCCGCUGGGCGUCGAAAGCGCCGAGGAGGAGGGCGCGGUCUUGGAGGGCCAGGGGGCGCCCUCGACGGGGCCUGCGAAGAUUAUCGAGCGCGUGGAGGGGGCCAUCGACGCCCCGGAGUGCGCCGCCGCGCCUUCAACAACCAUGCCGGCAGUUGGCGCCUGCGCCGCCGCCGCGGGCGACGGCUCCCAGGACAAGGAGGCCAGCCAAUCCAUCGGGGCCAGCCAGGAGGCGCAGCGCGUGAACGCUGCAGAGGAGCAGGGCGUGGGCGCCACUGGCGACGAGGGCGGCGCGGAGCAGGAGGCCACAGCGGGAGGCGCUGCUCCGCUGGAGCAGCCGCCAGGAGCCGACUCGCCAGCAGGGGACAGCGUGCAGGCGCAGGCGGCACAGGAGGAACAGGAGGAGAAGAGUGGGGAGAAGGCAGCGCUGGAGGCUGCAGCAGCUGCGGGAGCAGAGGAGCAGGGGGGCGGCCCCGCCGAGGGCACCAAGGCACACAGCGAUCCCACCGCCGCCGCCGAUUGGGUGGCAGCGACAGGACACAACCCGGCUGCCGGGGAGGCAGCUGCGGCGCAGGCCAGCCCUGCUCGCAGCGAGGGCAGCGCCAAACGGGCGCCGCCGCGGCCCGUUGCCGCCGCCUCCCACUCCUCCCUCGCCUCUGUCGCCAGCAGCCUGCGCCUCACCUUCUCCGCGCCGCCUAAGUGCCUGGAGGGACGGCCCCGCACCGCCAUGCGCUCCAACUACUCCCACUCCCAGCAGCGCGUGAGGCAGAUACUGCGGGACAACGACACCCUGGUGAAGCGGCUGGGGGAGAUCGCCUACCAGCGGCCCGAGUUCGAGAAGGGGCAGGCGCGGCUGGACAGGUUCCGCGCCAACGUGGCGGCCUCCUCUGUGGCCCGGCGCCGCGCCGAGGCCGCCGCCACCAUGAAGCAGAACCUGCGCAUCUACCGCCGCCUGCAGGACGUCAAGCCCAGCCCCGAGGUGCAGCGUGGGCGGCACGAGCGAGACUUUGAGGCGCACCAGGCGAUGCUGGGGCGGCUGGCGGCGCUGCGAUGCCGCGGCGGCCGCCACGACUGCGGCGACUGGUCGGACGGCGGCGAGGCGGGUGGCGGCAGGCAGGGCUGA